AUGACUGAAGACCUUUCAAAACAGCGAAUUCGUAUUGCACAAGAAAUCCAACAGGCUAGAGAAUCAUUGUUUAAAUUGGAUCAGCAGCUGAAAACAACGUCUCAGUCAAAACAACAGUUUACUUUACAAAAUUUGCCUCGGCAAGCCUGCCAUCAGAAACCAAAUCAACCACUAAUUGUAAACGACCAAGAUAGAAUAAAUACGCUUGAAGAAUUACUUCAAAAAAGUGAAGCAAGGUGUGCUGACCUGGAAAAACAGCUUCUUCAACGAUACCAAUCCGAAAUGCAGCUCAAAACACGCUUGGAAUUGAUGCAAAACGAAUUGAAUACUCGACAUCAAGAAUCUGCUGAAUUGAAUCGUCUUCAACAACUCAAUGCAGAGAAAAACACGGAUCUGCAGCCCACACCAUCGCUUAUACAUCAAGAUGCCAUCCACGCACAGUUUAAAAAAGCUCAAGAUUUUUACAACAAGUAUAUUCAACUGAUACAAAAGAUUGAAUCUGCAAUAGAAGCAGAAAAGUGUAUAUUGGUUUGCUCCAAAGGGUGUGCUGUACUAUCUAUGGAUGAGCUGCGAAUAGAAAUACUUCGAAUGGUUCAAAUUAACAAUUGA